GGGGGAUGCUGAUUAUUAUUAUAAUUUCUAUUUGGUUUAUUUCAGUUUAUUUCUAUCAUUAAGUGUGCUCAUUGUGAUUAUGAUUAUUGUCGAGAAGAGAAAUAUUGUUAUCAUCUUUGAGAGAGAAUAACACUCCGCGAGUUACUCGUGUAGGCUGAUGCUGUGUUCAUUUUAUUUUAACUGAUUUUUUAUUUUUAUAUAUAAUUUUUUAGCAUUAUUAUUGUUGAAUAAAAAAGAGAAAAAUUAAGAGUAGUUGUCAUCAGAGUGUUGACAAAGGCUCAUCAUUAAUUUCAGAAUGAUUUGGAAGUGCUGGAUUUUAUUGUUUAUUAUUAUUUUUACUGGACUCAUUGAUAAUACGAGACAAGAGAAACAAGAUGAUGAUGAUGAUCAAGCCGAUGUUUUAGUCUUAACAGUUGCUUCAAAUGAGACUGAUGGCUACAAAAGAUACAUCAGAUCAGCAAAAAUUUAUGGAUUUGCCAAUAAAAUUACAACACUUGGUCUCAAUCAACCAUGGAAAGGAGGAAAUAUGCUUACCCAAGGAGGAGGAUAUAAAAUUAAUCUUCUAAAAAAAGCACUGAAACCAUAUCAAAAUGAUGAUGAAAAAAUUAUUAUUUUUACUGACAGUUAUGAUGUUAUUUUUUUGGCAUCAUUGAAUGAAAUUGUCAAUCGAUUCAAGGCAUCUGGUGGAAGAAUAAUUUUUUCAGCUGAAAAAUAUUGUUGGCCUGAUAAAUCAUUGUCAAAUAAAUAUCCAACAAUAAUACGAGGCGAGCCAUAUCUCAAUUCUGGUGGCUUCAUUGGUUAUGCAUCUGAUUUAUAUGAAAUUUUACAAUAUUCAUCAGUCAAAGAUACUGAUGAUGAUCAAUUAUUUUAUACAAAAGCCUACCUUGAUAAAGAACUACGAGAAAAACAUAAAAUUAAAUUAGAUCAUCAUGCUGAAAUUUUUCAAAAUCUUAAUGGAGCUGUUGGUGAUGUUGAAUUGAGAUUCAAAGAUAAUAAAGCAUAUUUACAAAAUACCCUGUAUGACAGAGUACCUCUGAUUGUUCAUGGUAAUGGACCAAGUAAAAUUAUUUUAAAUUCAUUGGGUAAUUAUUUGGCAAAUGCUUGGAGUCCUGAUGAUGGAUGUUUAAAUUGUUGGAAUGAUACUAUACAAUUAUCAAAGGAUCAACCAGAAACAUAUCCACCAAUUGUCAUGGGUAUUUUUGUCGAUAGACCAACACCAUUUAUUGAAGAAUUUUUUGAUAAAAUUUAUAAACAAGCAUAUCCAAAAUCUCGGCUUCGUUUAUUUAUCUACAAUUCUGAAGAAUUUCAUGAAAAAAUUGUUGAGGAAUUUAUUAAAAAACAUGGAUCAGAGUACAAAAAUAUUAAACAAAUUAUGCCUAAAAAUGAUAUACCAAUUUCUACUGCUAGAAAUCUUGCUAUGGAUUAUUGUUUGCAAAAUGAAUGCUCUGGAUAUUUUUCCAUAGACUCUGUUGCACAUUUGGAGAAUGAAUAUACUUUAAAAUUAUUGGUUGAACAACAGAGAGGUAUUGUUGCUCCAUUAUUAAAAAGACCUGGUAAUAAUUGGAGUAAUUUUUGGGGAACAAUUGCAAAUGAUGGAUACUAUGCUAGAAGCACAGACUACAUGGAUAUCAUUGAAAAUAAAAGAAGAGGAUUGUGGAAUGUUCCAUAUAUCAACAAUUGUUAUCUUAUUAAUGUGACAAUUAUUGGUAACAUUGAAACAAGACCAAAAUAUAAACACGCUGAUAUUGAUGAUCUUGAUCCAGAUAUGGCAUUUGCUGCUAUUAAUCGUGAUAGAAAUAUAUUUAUGUAUGUUAGUAAUCGUUUGAAAUUUGGACAUCUUGUUAAUGCUGAUGAUUAUAAUAUCAAAUAUACAAAUCCAGACAUGUAUGAAUUAUUUAACAACAAAUUUGACUGGGAAAAACGUUAUAUUCAUGUUAAUUAUUCACAAAGUUUUCAACAAAAUAAUACACCAAUUCAGCCAUGCACAGAUGUCUAUUGGUUUCCAAUUUUUAAUACAAGAUUUACCAAAGAAUUUAUUGAAAUAAUGGAGGCAUUUGGUCAAUGGUCUGAUGGAUCAAACAGCGACAAGAGAUUACAAGGUGGAUAUGAAAACGUACCAACACGAGAUAUUCAUAUGAAUCAAGUUUAUUAUGAAAAACAUUGGUUAUAUAUUCUCAAGGAAUAUGUUAGACCACUUCAAGAACUUGUCUUCCUUGGAUAUUUUCAUGAUCCACCAAGGUCAUUGAUGAAUUUUGUCGUUAGAUAUAAACCGGAUGAGCAACCUUCGUUGAGACCCCAUCAUGACAGUUCAACGUAUACAAUAAAUAUUGCACUGAAUCAAGUUGGUGUUGAUUAUGAAGGUGGCGGAUGUCGAUUUCUACGUUAUGAUUGUGCGGUCACCGACACUAAACCCGGUUGGAUGCUCAUGCAUCCAGGCAGACUUACUCAUUAUCACGAGGGACUCAAAGUUACACGAGGAACUCGUUACAUUAUGAUUUCAUUUGUUGAUCCAUAAUAUGACUGAUUGUUUUAAUUAUAUUUCUUUU